AUGUCCCCCUGCCUCGGGGACACUGAGUUGCAGCUAUUCCCCGCCGACCAGGGCGAUCAGGCGGUGGAUGCUGUACUGCAGGUAUGGAAGUAUACCCAGGCAGUGCAGAAGCAGCAGGCCAUCCAGGCUGAUCAGGUGCAAGAUGCCAACCCGUGGCUGCGGAUGACCGGGUGA